AUGGAAAAACGGGGACUCUUCGGUGUCCUUUACUAUCUGAUUCUUAAUGCGCCCCUGCUAUUCUAUGUAAAUGCCACAUUUACUGAAGUGCCCAAAGAUGUGACUGUGGGAGAGGGGGAGGACAUCGAGAUGCCGUGCGCCUUUCGGGCUGUUGGUUCUUCUCCAUUCUCCUUGGAGAUCCAGUGGUGGUACCUGAAGGAGGCAGCUCCAAGGGAAAUCGCACAUGAACUACAAAUUAGUGCACCAGCCAAUAGAGCUAAGGUUGCCCCCAGAGACGCCACGAAGAUAAGCACCGUGAGAGUACAGGGCAACGCCAUUUCUCAUAAACUUAGUCUCUCCAACGUGCGUAAAGAGGAUGAAGGUGUGUAUGAGUGCCGUGUUUCGGAUCUGUACUCCGACGAGACUCAGGAAUUCAAGGUCCAGGCCACUUUACGGGUGACACCGCGUGACGGCAUGGUGGCCGAGGAGGCCGUGUCUCAUAUCCAGAAUCGGUGGCCGUCGCGGAAUAGCAACACUGGCGUAGGCGGACGGGCCACCUCUGAGCCGGCUCAGGGUCAGGGUCAGGGAAAGCCCCGUCUGCCUCCUCCGAUCGGCAUAGGCCCUGUCCCUGUCUCAACAACAACAACCGCCUCUGCAGCAAAGUCCUCGGCUUCGCCGCGGCCUGGCAAUGCGUCUAUCCUCCGACAGCAGCACGGAGCCGGGUCUGGAUCCAUGACAACCACUGACCCUCUUCUGUAUAUCACCCUGCUGAUCCUGCACAGGAUCCUCCCCUUCCUGUUGGCCCACUAA